AUGGCAAUAUGGCCGUUUGGUCGCAAGGGCAAGCGGCCCAGGAGUCAGAUGAAGGCCUCGGACAAGGCUGAGGGCACGCUUUCGUCCCAACCUCCCAUUCUCUCUCCCGUGCCCCAGCAGCAGGGCUUCGUGACCAGAAAGCCGUCCAGAAAACGAUCCAAACGUGAGAAGAGUCACCCCCGAAGCGCUCCUGCGGCCGAGUCCCCGUCAUCGCGACGCGCAGCCCCCCCGAUAUCUCCGACCGGCGAGCCAUUGCCCUCGUCUCGAAGUCGUGCUGACCAUCCCGUGUCGUUGUCCGAUUCCUUCAGCAUGAGUCAGGAACAUUUCCAUGCGACCCCCAUGUUGCAGAAGCGGCGCAGCGGCUCCUCGAAAGGGACGCUGAAAAAGAGGCUGAGCAAGCGUUCAGCACGAGACCUGGCUCGAGAGCAGGAAAUCCGAGAAAUGAGUUCUUCUCCUCUUCCGGGUCGUGAAUACCACACGUGGGAUGUUCGGAGAGGCCGCAGCGCUCUCAGCCGGCAUACCGAUCGCCAUGCGUCCGACUACAGCCUUUUCAUCCACGAUUCCGCUCGAUCCUCCAUCUCAGAGUACUCCGACUCUUACGCCUACAAGGUCAAUGCCCUUGCUGUCUUCGCACCGCGUCCUGUGAUUCGAUAUGCAGACUCCUCGAAAUACCACAUGCCCAGAAGCCAGAACCCGUCUGCAAAUUCCAUGCGAAAGGACAAAAGACCGUUCCUAGAAGACAAUGACGCGCAUUCGUCAAAGAGGGUCGCAGAGCUCGCGGACGACAUGGAUGCUCCCGCCUUGAGAGAGCUCCUCGAGAGGGAUCGCCGUCGAAAGGAAAAGAAGCGCCAGGAGGAACAGGAGAGACUCCAGCGCCGGCUCCAACGCCGAGCGGAGCGUCAGCGAGAGGAGGAGAGACGACAGGCGGGUGGUCGCGAGCAGGCGGAUGUUGAUCCGGAGGAACUGCGCGGUAGAGACCGCACGGAGACCAGCACCACAUCCACCGCGCACAGGGUCCAGCCCGAGCCAGGUCCACAGGCUGGCGUCUCUACAGAGCAGUCCGGUUCGUGGUUACGAGGCCCCUCCAGAGACAGUGAAACCCGAAGCAACCGUCUCUCCGAGGUGUCCGCCCAUGUAAUUGGAAACAUCGACGACCGGUCGAUUCGCGCCGGCAAAACAGGCCAGGCAUCAUUGAAGGGCCCUGUGUCGCCGUCUCGGUCCCCAGUUUCACAGGAUCGUGCCAGCACGAGUGCUUCCCAGCUUCCUUGCGGAGCUCGUGAAUCCAUCUCCGACCUUUCGCACCUCUCCCGCACGGGCGAUUCCGAAAGACGCUUGUCGGACUACAGCGGCAGGCGCCUGGCUUCGUGGACGUCGUUCUUCCGUCGCGGAAAGAGAGAUUCUUCGGAGCGUGGCCGACGUCCACCUUCUGAAUUCUCCAACGCCUCUGGAGAGUCUUUUUCGAGGGCGCAGCAUCCUGCUGCCGUGGCUCCUCCCGCCAUUCCGGAGAGAAGCUUCCUCCGGACUGGGACCGUCCGUCGUACGCAGUCGAAGUUCACGGAGCACCUCGGGGAUUACCCCAUCUCGCCGCCCGACUCACGCAUUCAAUCGCCAACGCCCCAAGGUCUGGAAACCGUUGCGGACACGUCUCCUCAUCCAGACCAGAUCAGCGAAGGCCUUGACGAGCAGAUGGCGGCCGCCAUCAGCCAUCCUUCCCCUGUCGAUACCGAACCCGGGCACGAUGACCAAGGUCCGAGCCGCCCUCUAUCCUGGGAAGCGAGCAGUCGUGGCACGGGCCCCGACAGUGCCUUCCUGUCCCAGUCACUGGCGUCGAUCGACUCGGAAGGAUCGUGGAUGUCUGGAAAGUACCUGCGUCGGAUUUCCCAGGCUGCACACACUCCUCCUGUCCGACGCAGUACGAGUUUCGUAAAGAACAGGCUCGAUGAGUAUGAGGAAUUCAAAGAGGGUGACAACCCCAGUGAGGAUGAACGUCACGAGUCGCGUGAUUCCGUCUCUGGACUCCGAGCAAGCAGCAGUGCAGUGGGCCUUGAAAAUGGAGGCGACUGCGACGCUUCUUCAACACCCGAUCCAGCCGAGAAAGAGGCCAACGAAACCUGGCACGCCGGACUGGCGCGGCGACCGACGCUGGUGCGUCCGCGGGACCGGCCCAAGUCGAAGGAGGGGUUGCUCAACGACGUCCAGAUGAUGGAUGCAUCUGCUGAAGGUGAUGUCAGCCCGAGAGAAGGCAGCCCCGUGGAGGAGGAAGCAGUUGAGAUCCGGCGCGCCACCAGUGUCGACAUGGCCCGAGGACAUGGACAUGCGCGCCAGAUCAGCGCGGGAAGUGCCCGGCUGCUGGAGAUUCGCGGCCGGGCUUCUACCGAUUCGAGGCGAUCUCACUCGGUGGAACGGUCCUAA